AUGGGGUUUAACUUUAGGGAUAAAUCAUGGAUUUUUCUGUGGAUUCUUUGUUGUUCAUCGUUGAUUUAUUCAGUCAAAUCAACAGUAACUUACGAUCAUAAAGCUGUGAUCAUCAAUGGUCAGAGAAGGAUCCUUCUAUCUGGCUCCAUUCACUACCCAAGAAGCACACCUGAGAUGUGGCCUGGUCUUAUACAGAAGGCCAAAGAAGGAGGCCUGGAUUAUAAUUUUGAGGAAAGAUAUGAUCUGGUUAAGUUCAUCAAGCUGGUACAACAAGCUGGUCUCUACGUUCAUCUCAGAAUUGGUCCUUACGUUUGUGCUGAAUGGAACUUUGGAGGGGUUCCUGUUUGGCUUAAAUAUGUUCCCGGUAUGGCUUUUAGGACCGACAAUGAACCUUUCAAGGCUGCAAUGCAAAAAUUCACUGAGAAGAUUGUGGGGAUGAUGAAACAAGAAAAAUUGUUUGAGACCCAAGGAGGACCCAUCAUUCUGUCACAGAUAGAGAAUGAGUAUGGACCAGUAGAGUGGGAGAUAGGAGCACCAGGGAAGGCAUACACAAAAUGGGCAGCUCAAAUGGCAGAAGGACUCUCUACAGGUGUCCCAUGGAUUAUGUGCAAGCAAGAUGAAGAUGUUCCUGACUCCAUUAUAAACACAUGCAAUGGCUUUUACUGUGAGGAUUUUAAACCAAAGUCAGACAACAAGCCAAAGAUGUGGACUGAAAACUGGACUAGUUGGUUAACUGAGUUUGGAGGUGCGGUACCAUAUAGACCAGCUGAAGACAUCGCCUUCUCCGUGGCUCGCUUCAUACACAACGGUGGCUCCUUCAUGAAUUACUAUGUGUACCACGGAGGAACAAACUUCGAUAGAACAGCUGGUCAAUUCAUCGCUACUAGCUAUGACUACGACGCUCCUCUUGAUGAAUAUGGGUUACCGAGAGAACCUAAGUAUAGUCACUUGACAAAGUUACAUAAGGUCAUCAAGCUAUGUGAGCCAGCUUUGGUCUCUGUUGAUCCUACAGUCACAUGGCUAGGCGACAAACUAGAAGCUCAUGUUUUCAAGUCCAAGUCAUCUUGCGCUGCAUUUCUCUCAAACUACAACGAUAGUUCUGCUGCAAGAGUCUCCUUCGGAGGAUCAACAUAUGAUCUGCCUCCUUGGUCUGUCAGUAUACUACCUGACUGCAAAACCGAGUAUUACAACACUGCAAAGGUACAGGUCCUUAAACCAAGCAUACCCAUGAAGAUGGUUCCCACAAACACAAAACUAUCAUGGGGAUCAUACAACGAAGAGAUUCCUUCUCCAAAUGAUAAUGGUACGUUUUCCCAAGAUGGGCUUGUGGAACAGAUAAGCAUGACCAGAGACAAGACAGACUAUCUAUGGUAUCUUGCAGAUGUUAUGAUCAGUGCUGAUGAGAAGUUCUUGAAGACUGGUGAAGACCCUCUUCUUACUAUUGACUCAGCUGGUCAUGCUCUUAGUGUAUUUGUUAAUGGACAGCUUGCAGGAACUGCUUAUGGAUCACUGGAGAACCCAAAGCUAAAAUUUAGUCAGAAGAUCAAACUACAUGCAGGAGUCAACAAACUUGCCCUGUUGAGUAUAGCAGCUGGUCUCCCGAACGUUGGCUUGCGUUAUGAGACUUGGAAUAUUGGGGUUCUUGGUCCAGUUACACUGAAGGGAGUUAACUCCGGAACAUGGGACUUGUCUAAGUGGAAAUGGUCCUACAAGAUUGGUACCAAGGGUGAGGCUCUUAGUCUUCAUACCGGGAGUUCCACCGUGGAAUGGAAAGAAGGAUCAUUAUUGGCCAAGAAACAACCUUUGACUUGGUAUAAGUCUACUUUUGACACACCAUCAGGCAAUGAACCAUUGGCUUUGGACAUGAGCACAAUGGGGAAAGGCCAAGUUUGGAUAAAUGGGAAGAACAUUGGACGACACUGGCCUGCAUAUACAGCUCGUGGGAAAUGCGAACGAUGCAGCUAUGCUGGAACUUUCACUGAGAAGAAAUGUUUGAGUAACUGUGGAGAAGCUUCUCAAAGAUGGUACCAUGUGCCUCGCUCGUGGCUGAAACCGUCUGCAAACCUUAUAGUUGUACUUGAAGAGUGA